AUGCUCCCUGGAUACCUUAAAAGAGACAAUGUCUUCAUACAGCAAAAUGAAGCUGAGCUACAAGAUGGCUACUUCUCAUAUCAACCAGGAGGUGACCAACGAGGUUUUAUAGGAGUUGAAAGAGUUGAUAGUAGACUUUCAGUACAACAAGACUCUCUUAGCACUGAAAUUUAUAGGAUGCAAUUUGUCAAAGAUGCCCAAUCAAAAUUUUACGAAAGAAGAGUUUUUAGCUUGCUAGAAGUGACAGGAAAUAUUGGUGGCUUGUUUGAGAUACUUGAGAAAACUGGAGCAAUUCUGGUUUCACUCUUCUCUGGAAAAGUGUUUAUCUUUUCAAUACUCUCCAAACUCUACCAUGUUGAAGAAUCUGAAGGUAGAUACACAAAUAAAAUAUCUCCAUUUGAAACUGAGAUAAAAAGCAAAGAAUUGGCUAAAUGAAAUUAUAAAAAUAGAAUUUCAAUGCAUGAGAUCAGGAACUACACUGCUCAAUCACUGAGAUCUCGGGAUCUCUUUGUAAAUAAAGCACAAAAAAUAAUGAAGAGGAGACUAAGAUACAACUGGAAAAUUUCAGAUUUUGUCUAUAACUUCUUUCAUCCUCUUAGUACUCUUCUCUGAUUUUGCUGAAUGAGAAAGAAUAGAUUGAAUGCACAGAAGAGAAUGAAAUUAUACAGCAGAGGGGAAACCAAGUUCAUCAAUGAAUUCGAUGCUGUUCAAUAUGCUAAGUCUAUGAGAAGCCUAAAUACCCUAAUCUCAUCCUUAAUGGAUGAUAAAGAAAGAUUUAUGAUAAGGUAUCAGAAGAGCAACUGAAUCUCCUCCUCAAAUAAAGAAGAAGAUCCUAAGGAUGACACCAGUAAUGAUGUCCCAUCUAUAUUCUGAGGCUCAAAGAAGCAAUUCCAUUCUCAAGUAAUUGAUAACUUCAUGAAUGAGUAUAAAUAAAGAAGAAUGGACAGAUAAAGACUAUCGUUUGCUAAAUGGAGUUUUGACUAAUGAACACCUCACUAACCAGCAAUUAGAAGAGCUCAUGGAUGAUAGAGAGGCAACUAAUAUUUAUACAGACAAUGACCUAGUGGAUAUCUCCAACGUCAUACCUCCAAAGCUAGCGAGAGGAGAAGAGGCUAAAUUUGAAAGGGUCAGUUCGCUUUCUCAAGUUUUUCAUGACAGCUAAAUUCAAUGGAGAUAAUACAAACUCAGGCCCAUA